GAAGAAGCAACCAAAUCAGGCCAACGAUAAUUCCUCGUGUUCACUUUUUUUUUCAUUCAUUUAAAUUCUAAAUUUUCUCAUGUAUCCUAUUCUAUCAGUUUUUUCUCUUAUCAAUCGAUUUGACUUUUUUAAUUUGUUUGUUUGUUUUUCUAUUGUAAAUAAUGAUGAAAAAUGAUGAUAAUGAACAAAACAAUCAACAACAACAACAACAACCAUAUGAUGAUAACAUUGAUGAUGAUAAUUUUAAAGGAAAACUAUUGCAUUUAUCUUGUCUUUGGAAUAAUCCGGAAUUGUUAAGUGAUUUACUUUUGGGUGAUGAGGCAGAAAAUAUUAAUUCACAAGAUUCAAAAGGUCGUACAGCAUUACAUGAAGCUGUUAUAUCGGAUAGUUUAGAAUGUGCUCGUCUUUUGUUGAUGAAUGGAGCCAAUCCAAACAUUCGAUCAUCGAAUUUCGAUUCCGAAACAUCAUCAAAAAGUUGUCUUCAUCUAGCAGUACAAAAAGGAAAUUUAGAAAUGGUACGUUUAUUGAUUGAAUUUAAUGUUGAUAUAUUUCUUCGUGAUAAUAAUGGCAUGACUGCAAUCGAUUUGGCAAAAAAAGAAAACCAUGAAAAUAUUGUAAAUGAAUUGAAAUCAGCCAUAAAUGAUUAUGAAAUCAAUCUUUAUAAAUCAUUGGCUAUUGCUGUACACAAAGGAGAUGUACAAUUGAUGUCAGAGCUCAUUUCCGAUACAAGUUUAAAAAUUGAUACCAAUACAAAUCAAUUUGAUCAAGAACGAAUUCGUUCUAUUGUAAAUUACUCAUCAAAUGGUUCGAAUACAUUAUUGUUCAAGGCAUGUCAAGAAGGUCAUUUAGAAAUUGUUAAAAAAUUGAUACAUGCUGGCGCUGAUGGCCGUGUACAUCCGACAACAAAAUAUUCACCACUUUAUAUUGCAUCCUAUCACGGAAGACUUCAUAUAUGUCAGAUUCUAUUGGAACAUUUUCCUGAAUUAUCUGCCAUUUAUACGGUUGAACAUUGGCUACCGAUACACGCGGCUGCCAUUAACAAUCAUCAGGAAAUUGUACAACUUUUACUCAGUUAUCCUUAUCCGAUUAAAGUUAUGAGACCAUUUCUAACGGAUUCAGCACCAACAAUUUCAUCAAGACAAACAAAUAGUUCUUCGAAUUUUUCAUCACAAACAACAACUAGAACCAAUAUAACUAAAAUAUCGAAAAAUUCUUUGACUGAAAAUAAUUGUGAUUGUCAAUAUGUGUAUUGUAUGCCUUUUGAUUUGAAUGCUCAAGAUGUAGCUGGCCAAUCGGUUUUAUAUCUAGCUACAUUAGCUGGAAAUCAUUCAUUAGUAAAAUAUUUGCUCAAUUUACGGCUGAAAUCGGUUAUUUAUGAUGAAAUGAUAAACUUAUGUUUUAAUGAUUCCUCAUUCGAUGAAGAUGAUUUUUUUGAAGAUUGUAUUAGUCGAAAUAGUAGUACAAGUGAUAGUAGUAGCAGUCCGGACAUAACUGUGAUCAGUUCUAUUGAUUCAAACAAAUCUAGUCAACAAAAAAAAGAUACUCAAUUCAAUAUCAAUGAAGUUAAAGCAUUGAAUGAUCAAUUUGAUUUGGAAAAAAAUUCAUUCCGGAAACUAAUGGGACAUUUAAUCGAUAAUACCAGCACAAAUAAAAAUACAAAAGAUUUUGAUAUAAAAAUUUAUUCAAUAAAUCCUAUAAAGAUUGAUAUGUAUUGUAAUCAUAAUAGAGAAACAUCAUUACAUUGUGCAGUACAAAAAAGACAUUAUUCUAUUGCAUCAAUAUUAUUGGAAAAUGGUUCGAAUCCAAACAAUCCUAUAAAUGUAUUGACAACAAACCAAUCGACUAUUGUGACACGUGUAUCACAUUUCAAUCAUAAUUUAUUCAAUCCAAAAAUAUCGAUUUCAGAAUCAGUAAAAGAUUUGAAAAUUAUAAGUAAUCAAUUGAUUGGUGAAGGUUCGAAUAAAAGUGUGGACAAGAAAUUUGAACUAAAUGAAUGUCGACAUCGUUCAACAGCUCUUCGUGAAGCAAUAAGAAAUCGUGAUAGAGCUAUGGUUGAAUUAUUGCUUCGUUUUGGUGCUUGUGAUAAUCUUGAUUCGGUUAGAGAUUGUGAACAAGAAGAAUGUGAUCAUAAUUCAAUGUCAGCAUUAGAAAUUGCAUUUGCCAAUCAUGAUUAUCAUUUUGUUUCAAAAUUAUUAUCAUUGAAAGCAUUUUCAGAUUCUGAAUAUAAAAUAAAUAAAAAAUCAUUCGAUAUAAUUGGAUCUAAUUGUAUGAAUGCAUUGAAUCGUUUUCAUAUGAUCAACAAUUUAACUGUUAGUUCAAUGUUUCCUACCAAUCCGGUAAUGGUCGAUUGGCAUUGUUUAAAAAUUAAUUCAUUAGAUGAAUCAUUUCAUCGAAAUUUAUCACAAUGGUUAAUUGAUUCGGCUUUAGUUUAUAAUGUUAAACUUAAAUUAAGUCAUAUUCAAGAUUCUGGUUCAUGGAAUACAGCAUUAGCUGCCAUCACAAGAAUUGAUCUAUCCGAAAAUGGUCUUACAUCAGUACCAUUAAUGUUAUUUACCGAUCUGCCAUCAUUAAAAAUAUUAAAUCUUUCCAAGAAUAAAUUACAAACUUUACCCGAAAUGAAAAUCAUUUUAAAAGAAAAAGCAAUUGAUGAUGAAAGUGUUUCAAAUAUUUUUCGUCAUAAAGAUGAUUCUAUUCCCACUGUUAUUGUUAAUGAAUCAACACCAAAAACUUCUAAAACAUUUUUAUCCAGAAUGCGUAAAUCACAAAGUGUUACCAGUGCAUUGUCAUCAACAUCAUCAUCAGGCAUCAAUAUGAAACAAAAUGUUAAAAAUGUUAAUAAAUUCAAUAAAAUCGAUGGUUCCGAAUGUGUUUGGAAUAUGCCAAGUCUUGAAGAAUUAUAUCUGCAAGAUAAUCAACUUGAAUGUUUACCUUCAUCAUUAUUUCAACAACCAGAAUUAAAAAUACUUGAUCUUUCCAAUAAUAAAUUACGUACUUUACCACCAUUGUUUUGGUUUAGUCCAAAAUUGAAUGAAUUAAAUAUUUCAUUAAAUCUUUUAUGUGAUCUUCCAUCACCAGUAAAUUGUUUGAAUCAGAUUACAAUCGAUUCACCAUCAAGAAAUUCUAUUGUUAGUUCAAUGUCCAAAAGUAUUUCAACAUCAAGUAUUUCAAGCAAUUUAUCUAUUUGUGAUAUAAAAUUAGAUAUUGAUGGCUCUGGUUGUUCACCAACAACGUCAACAACAACAGCAGCAGCAGCAGCAGCAGUAGGCAAAAUGUCUCAAACAAAUCUUAUACCAUUUGAAUUGAAUAUUUUAAAACCAUGGUCUGGUUGUGUUACCAUUUUGAAUGAUUCAUUUCAUGAACAAUUUGAUACACAACAAAAUGUAACAAACAAUAAAGAAUCAUUACUUUCAAUGGAUGAAAAUAAACAUCAUCCAUAUCAUUUACCUUAUUCAAGACAAGAAUCAUCAAUUUCAAACAAUAAUUUGAUAAAACAACAUAGUAGUUGUUCAUUAACACAACUUAAUCUAUCACAUAAUGGUUUUGAACAUAUACCAUUUUUUCUUUCUUGUUUGGCCACAAGACUUACACAUUUAAAUAUAAGCUAUAAUCGUUUAAAAACAGUUUUCGAUCCAAAUUAUAUUCUUGGUCAUAUUCCACUUAGUUUAAGACAUUUAGAUUUAUCACAUAAUCAAAUUGAUAAUUGGUAUAAUAUUGAUGAUGAUAUUGAUAUGGAUUCUGAAUGUUCGGAUGAUUUAUCCAAUGGUGAUAUACGAACACUUUGUUUUCAUAGCUUUUCAAGACAACAAAAAUCAUCAUCAUGUUUUUCACCAACACUUUCAACAACAUCUACAUCGAUUGAUAAAUCUAUUGGUUGUCCAUAUAAACAACAUACUAAACUUGAUAAUCUUAAAACAUUAAUUUUAUCCAAUAAUAAUUUAAAAGAAAUAAUUGUAACACGUGAAGAAUUAAUUGAAUGGAUUGAUUUUGAAUUUGUUAUCAAUCAACAACAGCAACAACAACAACAACAAAAAUCAAAUGAUUUUAGCAAAAAUAUAUUCACUUUUAAUUUAUCAUCAAGUUUUGGUGAACAUAAUCAACGAAAUUCAUCAUCAUCAUCAUCACAUUUUUCAGCUCGAUUAUUAUCGUCCAAUUUUGGAAGUCAAGAUGAUCUUCAUAAAUCACCCAGUAUGGAAGAUAUUAAUUUAAAUUAUAAAGCUUCAAGAUAUGCAAAAUUAUUUUUUCCUAAUCUUUCAAUGUUAGAUAUAGCAAACAAUCAUAUUGUACGUGUACCGAAAACCAUAUCAUAUUAUUCACAAUUAUCAGUUUUAAAUCUUAGCGGUAAUAUUGAAUUAACAUCAUUACCACCAGAAAUGGGAUUACUUACUAAAUUAUGGAAUCUUAAUACUCGUAAUUGUAAUAAUAUUGAAGAACCAAUUCGUUCAAUGAUCAAUAGUAAAUCAUAUAAAACCUGUGAUAUUAUUAGCUAUCUUAAUUCAAUAUUAGAAAAUUCAAAACCAUAUACACGUUUAAAAUUAAUGUUGGUCGGUUAUCAAAAUAUUGGCAAAACAUCAUUGUUAGAACAACUUCGUCAUGAAGGUACAACCAGAAGAAGUCGUGCUACACCUGAUCAUUGGGGUAAACGUAUUGGUAACAAAUCGAUGCAUAUGAAAACACCAAAAGGUUCAACUUUGUCCACUGUUGGUGUUGAUCUUUGUGAAUGGACUUAUGAACGAAAACCAUUAAAAGGAUCAAAUGUUCGUGAUCGAAGUUUAUCACGUUCAAGACUUGUUCAAGCUAACAAAAAUAACAAUAACAAUAAAAAUGCUUUAUUGAAUAAUAAUUUAGGACCAAUCACAUUUAGAACAUGGGAUUUUGGUGGUCAACGUGAAUAUUAUGCAACACAUCAAUAUUUUCUUUCCAAACGUGCCAUUUAUUUAGUUGUUUGGAAAAUAACCGACGGAGAGAAAGGUGUUACCGGGAUACAUAAUUGGUUGGUGAAUAUUCAAAGUCGUGCACCAAAUUCUCCGGUCAUAAUCGUUGGAACUCAUUAUGAUUUGGUUAAAGAAUUUUAUCCACCUUUUUAUGCAAAUGAAUUACAAAAUAUGAUUUGUGAUCGUUACAUGUCUGAUGCGGUUGAUGCAGAUAAACGUGGAUUACCAAAAGUUGUUGCAUCAGUUGAAGUUAGCAUCAAAACAAGACAUAAUAUUCGUUUAUUGGCUAAUAUUAUCUAUGAAACUGCAAGUGAAAUGCGUUCUCCUGGUGGAAAAGAUCGACUUUUAGAACAAAAAGUUCCGGCUACUUAUUUGGCAUUGGAAGAAAUUGUAAGCAUCUUGGCCAUAGAAAGAAAAUCGGAAAAUUUAGAGCCAGUUUUACAUGCUGAUCAAUAUCGACAAGAAAUUGCUCGUAUGAUGAAAGAAAGAUAUGAUUUAGCUUUUAGAGAUUAUUCAGAAUUACAACAAGCUACUCGUUUUUUACAUGAAAAUGGUGUUCUUUUGCAUUAUGAAGAUGCACAUCUUAAAGAUCUUUAUUUUUUGGAUCCUCAAUGGUUAUGUGAUAUUUUGGCACAUGUUGUAACUAUAAGAGAAAUUAAUCCUUUUGCUAAAAAUGGCAUAAUGAAAACAGAACAUUUGUUACAACUUUUCAAAAAUACACAGAAUGUACCAAUGGAUGUACAAAGUUAUAUACUUAGUCUUCUAAAUAAAUUCGAAUUGGCUAUUACUUGGGAUAAUAGAACAUUAUUAAUACCGUCUCUACUUCCCACUGAAGAACAAUUACGCGCCGGAUAUCUUGGAUGGGACAUUGCCAUUCCUUUACGAUCCCGACUGAAAAUUCGAACAAAUCUUAUGGCUAAUGAUUCUGAGAAAAAAUCCAUAAAAUUCAAUUUCAGUAAUCAAUUAUUUUUUCAAGAAUUCGCUGAUUCAUCCAAUAGUAAAAUCGGUUCUAAUGAUGAUAAAUUGGAUACAUUUCCUUUGUGUAAAGUUACCGCAAUGGCUCGUCACAAUCAAUCGAUUCAUCGUAUUCUUAUUCUUUCUUAUGUACCUUGUGGAUUCUGGUCACGUUUAAUAGCCAGAGUUUUAGCUGAUGAAUCAGUAAUCGAUAUUGUUCGUUCAUUUUAUUCUCUACCAUCGUAUGCACACAAUGAUCCAUUACUUAUAGACUUUUUGAAUAAUGUCAAAACAUUUUGGCAUUGUUGGCAAACUGGUUUUGGCCUACGAUAUUUGGAUACAUUUUUAUUACGAGUAAAAGAAUUUUCAUUGAUCAACAAUACGAAUAUAGAAUCAAAGUUUGUAUCAAGUUCGACCUGGAAAAAUUAUUCCUAUCCAUAUGAUUACAGUCGUAUCAAAUUCUAUCUCAGUCAAAAGAAAGAAUCUAAUUUGAAUGACAAUAAACAAAUUAAAUCAAAAUCAUCUGAAUGGUGUGAAAUCGACAUAUCUUCACAAAGUUCUUCGUUGAUUGAAAUUUAUCUACCAAAUCAAUCAUUACAAGUAGAAACUUGUUAUUAUCAAGAGAUGAAAAUGGAAAAUGAAAAUCGUUUAAUUAAAAACAGUUACACAUUGGAACCAAAUAUGGAAAUGUUGACAAAAUUAUUGGUUAUUAUUGUUGAACAUAUUGAUACUUUGCUUGAAGAUUGGUAUCCUUCAUUAGGUACUCGAUUUAUUCAUACUUCUGAUGGUCGAUUUUUAAUCACUCGUGUUGUACCAUGUAUAUCAUGUUUGCAAGCAUUUUUGAGCAAUCAAAACGAAACAAACAAAGACAAAGAUUCGAACAAAAAUAAAGAAAUUUUAUCACCAGACACCAGUGAAAUUGAUUCAAAUUUGGUCGAUUUUUAUAAACUUGAAGUUAAAAAAGCAGCAUUACAAGCCACAAAUGUAUCUGAUCAACAAAAUUCUGUUAUUGUUUCGAAAGUCAAAACCGAUAAUAAUAAUGCAUUAUCUGAAUUCAAAUCAGAAAACAAAAUUCAAUAUCAUCGUGUGAAUGCUUUCACUGUUGAAGAAUGUAUACUAUCGGUUUAUGAAGAUACACGUCUUGAAUGUUCAAAUCACGGAAGAAUUCGUAUGGAUAAAAUUGGGCCAGAUUUUGUUUUUCGUGAUUUAAAAGUUGAUUACAGAAUUGAAAGUGAUCAAUUAAAAUUUGGAAAACUUCUUGGUCGAGGAUCGUUUGGUUUUGUAUUUCGUGCUUAUUAUAAACCGAUUCAGAAAAAUUAUCAAACAAAAAAAGAAGCAAUAAUUCCUUCUACAGUUUCUAAUUCAACAUUUUAUUUGGAGAAAAAUGAUCAAAAUUCUUACAAUAAAGACUAUGAAGUAGCAUUGAAAUUAUUACAGCCAAUCAAAAUUGAACUUUGUUCGAAAGGAAUUCGAAAAGCGGAUGUAGAAGCAUAUACGGCUAUGAAAACUAAAUGGGAACGUGAUCCUCUUCAAUAUUCUUGUAAAGCUUAUUGUACUGCUCGAAAUGAAUUGAAUAUAUUAUUAAAUCUUAAACAUUCAAAUAUUGCAUCGAUAAUUGGUAUUUGUCCAAAACCUCUUGCUUUGGUACUUACAUUGGCACCACAUGGAUCAUUAGACAUUCAUACAAAAGCUUAUCGUCGUUCUGGAGCUCGUAUUUCUGCAAUAAUUUUACAGAAAACAUUUCUACAGAUUUCAAAAGCUUUAGAAUAUUUACAUCAACAACACAUUAUCUAUAGAGAUCUGAAAUCUGAGAAUGUACUUGUGUGGUCAUUUCCUCAUCCAUAUGCCAAUCAUCCACAUUCUUCUUCGUUUCGAAUCAUUAAUCAGUCUACUCAUUUUGGAAAUGAUGAAGUUCUUCUUAAAUUAGCUGAUUAUGGAAUCUCACGAUCAGCUUUGCCAACUGGAACCAAAGGCUUUGGUGGAACUGAAGGUUUCAUGGCUCCUGAAAUAAUGCUAUUUAAUGGCGAAGAAGAAUACACAGAAAAAGUUGAUUGUUUUUCGUUUGCUAUGUUUAUGUAUGAAUUGUCAACAUUACGAUUUCCAUUCGAAGGACAAGAAUUUGCAAUACGUGAAAGUAUUUUAGAUGGAAUACGCCCUGCUAUCACUCAAAAAGACUUGGAACAUCUUCCUGAAUCAUUUAUUGAUUUGAUGACUCGUGCUUGGGCUCAUGAACCAAGUGAAAGGCCUAACAUGUCACAAAUUGUUUCGAUAAUUUCAGCUCCUGAAUUUUGUUCGCUUCGUGAUGUGGCAACGUUGUCUGAUAAUAGUGCAUUAAUAUGUGCUACAGGAUUUCAGAAAAGUGACUUAUUUGAAAAUAAUAACAGGAAAAAAUUUGGUCUUUUGCUGAGCAAAAUUGGCAAACAAAUUGAUUUUCUCGAAAUCGAUGGAAGCAAAUGGAAUCCAAAUGGACAGCGACUUGUUUGUGAAAAUUUAAACAAGCGCACAAUAACCAGUUCUUGUAUUGUGAAUGGAAAUCAACUUUGGCUUGGCGAUUCUAUGGGUUGUAUCAAUAUCUAUUGUUUUAAUGAUGAUUUCAAUCAUCAAGAUAAUACAUUUCAAUUGCUAUGUAUGAUAAAACUUGAAUUUGAAAAUCCUGCAUCCGUAAUUGCAAUCAAAUCGAUUGUUUGGAUAGAAAAAGUCGAACUAGUUAUCAUAUGCUCAAAUAAUGGCGAAGUAUGGCUAAUAAAUUUCCGAAACAUUAUGAAAAAAUUAGAAACGACUAUAGAUUUAGACGUUACUUUAACAUCUAGUUUUUUGGGUAUCAAAAAAAUUGAUAACAAUAACCUUCCUACUUUUUGUAUCGCUAACGUAGCAAUUAAUUCUUCGAACAAAACUGUGAAUAGUAUUGAUAAAGAAACGGGUACCUAUUUUGAUAUCUGGUGUGGCCAAAUUGAAGGCCAGAUUGUAAUAUUAACAUUGAAAAGUUCAACGUUUGAAAUAGUGAGACAAACUACAAUUGAUCAUUAUAUUGAUAAACAUUUUAAUCAAUUAAAUGUUCCUAUUGCUGAAAGAAAUGAUGUAUUCAUAUUGGUUGGUACCAAUAAUCAACCAAUCAUUUUUUCUGUUUUAUAUUCAGGAUAUAUAAUUUAUCAAUGGGAUGCUCAAAAGAAAAUUAUUAGCCACAAAUUGGAUUGUUCAAAAUUGGCUCCUUGUUCGGAAAGUCUUAUAUCGAUCAGUAUUGAAGAUCAUCUUAAACCUGGAAAUUGUAGAAUCAGUGAGAUAGCCAUUGAUGAAGACAACGAUGAGAUUUAUGUUGGUACUAAUUUUGGUUGUAUUAUUGUUGCCGAACUAAGAUCAUUAAAACCAAUUACUGUAUUUCGUCCUUAUCAACGUGAAGUAAAAUUUAUAAUUACAUUGAAUAAUCAUGGCAAUAAAAUACAUGCAAUGAUAAAUUCAACGAAUAAUGAUAAUGAAACUAACGAUAAUCAUGAACCGCAUAGCAAUAAAGAAGAAAUUCGAAAUAAAGAUUUUUCAUUAUCAUCUAUUAAAAAUAUUUGGCCAUUCAAUAAAUCGAUUACUAAUAGUCAAACAAAUCCAACAGCUGACAAUAAAAAAACGUCGAUAAAACCAUCAUCGAAUGAUGACAAAUUGAAAAAUAUUUUACCAAAAAAGAAAGACAUUAAACCAUUUGUUACAAUUGGACGAGGUUAUCGAAAUUUAUUGGAUAGAUUUACUUGUUCUUCGAAUCAUCAUGAUUCUCCAAGAAAUAAUGUUCAAAGUGAUUCAAACAAACACAUUAAACUAAAAUAUGCCAGUCAAUUUCAUGCCAUUAUCUGGGAUUCUGGAUUUUGGAAUUUUUCUUAAUUUUUUUUUCUUAUUGUCCAGAAAAAAUACUUGCAAUUUUUUUUCACUCAACACUCACACUUGUUAUUGAUUCAUUUUUUUUUAUUGUUUUUUUUUCAGU